UGGUACAUGUGUACUGUCAACUUCACACUGCUGCGAUUGUCUUUUAUUCGACAGAAUUGUGUUUCACUGCACAUGUUCAUCGAUUUCUGAGGAAUUUAGGGAAAGUAUAUUAAAUUCCUCAAUAAAAUGGGUGGCAUAGCGAGCAGAUAUCGCGUCUCCAAUUCUGGACUAACACCCACGGACAUUAACAAUUUAGAGAAUGCAGACAAACGUGAAAAUCCAGGGACAUUGGAUGAGUUGCACAAAAAAACCAAAGAUGUAAUGCCAGUGAAUUUUGAAGGUGGUAAAUUAAUGGUCAAUAAGGGCAUAUCUAACCACUUCCAGAUGUCCCACACACUAACAAUGAGCACAGCUCAGAAUGGCUACAAGCUAGGCGCCACGUACAUCGGCACGAAACAGCUGUCACCAACAGAGGCGUUCCCCGUACUACUCGGGGAUGUGGACCCCUCGGGGAACCUCAACUUCAACCUUAUUCAUCAGCUCACGCCGGAGAUCAGGGUCAAAGGAGCUGCUCAGGUUCAAGAAUGCAAGCUGACCGCCACACAAGGCACGCUAGAAUACAAAGGGUCGGACUACACACUCGCCAUGGCGGUCGGUAAGCCGGACUUCAGUGAAAGCUCCUCGGUCUUUGUCGGACACUACCUCCAGUCGGUGACGAAGCGACUAGCACUGGGCGCAGAGUUGGUAUACCAGUCGGGCGCGCGCGUGGCGGGCGGGGAAGUGGCCAUAGCGUCCGGUGCCGCGCGCUACACGAUGGACGACUCGGAAGUGUCAGCGACGCUGGGAGCGGCUGGUUUCCAUUUAUGCUACUUCAAACAAGCCAGUGAACAACUCCAGGUGGUAGCGGAGAUGGACACGUCCUUCCGAGGAAUGGAGUCUGUCGGCACCAUCGGAUACCAGGUCACCAUCCCCAAGGCGGAACUAGUCUUCAGAGGUAUGGUAGACUCAAACUGGAACAUCGGAGCGGUCCUCGAGAAGAAACUUCAGCCCCUGCCCUUCACAUUUGCACUCUCCGGGAUGGCCAACCAGGCCAAACAACAGUUCAAGUUCGGCUGCGGACUCAUAAUCGGUUAGACUCCCAAAGAUCACAC